AUGUCAGUCACAGAUGAACAAAAAUUAAAUAUUCUUUCUCAAGAUCUUCUGGUGUACAUAUCACAUCUCGAGGAAUCUUAUAACCGCAUAGAGGAGUCGGAGGAGAAAAUUAUUGUGCAGGAAUGGUUAUUUAUGAUUCUUGAACAUUUAAGUAAUGAUUUGGACGAKGCUCGAAUCCGAAACAUGGCCCUGAGUCAAAUGUUGAUGGACAUCGAGAGCAAUAAACUGCGGACUCCGUUCAAUGAGAGGCCAUCCUGCCGAGCUUACGCCGAACUCAUCGACUGGUUGAAGACCGUGUUGAAUCAACAGGCGUCCUUGGAAAAAGAAGAAGAAGAAGAUGAAUUGGACGAGGAACCUGUACCCGAAAACCGUGAAAUGGAAGUCACCGAAUUUGACAAUUUGGUUUCUGCUGACAAUCGAACCUAUGUAGCUAUCCGCACUUUACCGAAUAGUGGUGGUGUGUUUGGUUACUUAGCUAUUACAAUGGGUGAUACGAAUGAACCKCAAUGGCUGGACUGCAAUGGCAAGCCGAUAUGUACACCGGUGCCAUUUAAUUUGCGCGUGGAACAAGUUAAAACAGAUAUCCAAUUAGAAUGYUUGGCGUACGAUGAGACGGACGCCAAACAGGUGUGGGGCGUUUUGAAUAACAGGAAAUCAGUAUGUAUAAGAAACGAAUUUUAUGAUUUCUACAAAACGUUGUACGAAAACGUCCAACAAGAAAUGGUGGCUGAAGCAAACACAUGCGUAGUCCGAAAAUGUUCGCAUCCGUUCAUCAAUAAGUUACUUGAGUUCCUCGUGAUCGACUUGAAAGCUAUUGGUAUGACUGACCUCCAAAUAUUUAAUAAAAUCAAGAUGCUUUCCAUGUUGAAAAAGCAAAUAAAAUCUGUAAUAUGUGAAGUAAGAAUAUACAUACGUGUUAACUACCUUUAA